GCCGACACAGGAAAGUUUCACACCUAAACAGUACCCAGCAAUAUGCAACGUAACAAACGAAAGCAAAUUACAGUAUACAAUCGAACAAAUUGUCAGAAGCAAGUGAAAAUGUUAUGAUCUUACAGACCAUUGUGAACACCCACUUAGUUGAUCAUGCAUAAAGCGUGCUCUGAAUGUCAUUCCUUUAAAUUGAUGUAUUGUGAACGUGAUGUUGGGCCUACCACAUGCACCGGCUCUAUUCUUGAAUUUCCUUCGGGAUUAAGUCCACACGCCAACCUUGGUAGUUUCAUACCCGUUCGAAGCACGAGGGUCGAGUGGAAUACGACAGCCCUAAAGACGGUGAAACAGAUGUGCUAAAGAGAAGCAGGCCUCCCAAUCACACAAGCAUGGCUCCUUGCUCCACCAACAUCUCCUCUAUCCACCAUCUCAGGCUCCGAGAAAAGGACAACCUCAGAUUAAGGAAACCUAUCGUGGAGAAAAUGCGCAGAGAUCGUAUCAACAGCUGCAUCGAACAGCUGAAGCUCAUUCUGGAGAAGGAGUUCCAAAAGCAGGACCCCAACACCAAGCUGGAGAAAGCAGAUAUCCUGGAGAUGACAGUGAGCUACCUGAAGCAGCAGCUGCAGUCUGCAACAGGGCUGUCUCAGAGGGACUACAGUCAGGGCUACUCUCAGUGCUGGAGGGAGUCUCUGCACUUCCUCUCAGUCAGCUCCAAGACAGCAGGCUCCACCGCUGUACCUCUUCAACAGCUCCAGCAGCUGCCCCAGGUCCAGAGAGCCAGCAGCCCACAGCUCCUCUCCACCUCCCCUGUCUCCCCCAGUCUCAAGCCCACCACACUCCAAGACACCAAAGGGCCAGUCUGGAGGCCAUGGUAGAGACAUUUUAGACACCUGUCCAAAACCUGAGGGAGCUUGGACUGCCCCUCACUAAGUAGGAAAUAUGUAUUUCCAAACUGCUCAUUUAUGGAUAAUUUCUCUCAUCACAUUGAUGGACAUUGAUUUGAUCAAUGUUGGAAGAAAUGGUAGUCAUGGGUGAAAUGUCUAAAUUGCUUUACUGUGAUUUGGUUUAUCAAUAUUUGCUUUUCAUUUCAUUUACUGUAAGAAUUGAACCUUUUCUUGAGUUAUCUUCACUGUGAAAUGUUGAACUAUUGUGAAAUACUUGUUUACUCCAGUGGAGUUUGUUGUUUAAUUUGUAGAUAUAACAGUACUUUAGAACUGUAUUUUCUGCCACAGAUUUUCUGAGAAUAUUUCUCUUUGGUUUUGAAUUAGCUAUGCCAGUUAUUCAAGUUAUGGAUUGAUAUAUCUUUUAUAAAGUGACUUAGAACGGAGGAAUGUGUGUGUGUGUGUGUGUGUGUGUGUGUGUUUGAGUGAGUGGGUGUGGGUACAUUUACAUUGUAAUGCUUCUAUUCUUGCACUAAUGUUUUGUAUUUGUAUGUAAGCUUAGAACAAUGUGUGACAUUUGCAUCACAGUAAAAGCUACAAUCAUUUAAACUUGUUUACAAAUGAAAAGUACUUUGUUCAACAUGUGACAAUUAAAGCAAGCCAUUUAAUUCAUAAUGGCUUAAUUAUCACCACAC